CCCCACCGUUCACGUUUCACAACGUCAAAUGACGCGUUCCGUAACGGUUGUGUGUAGUGUUAUUGCAAACUUGCGCGAAAUCUUUACGAUGCAGUGAAAACUUUUUGUGAAUUGUGACUGUGCUUUUUUCAAAAUGAUGUGUGUCUACGCGACAAUUUUACUGACUUUGGCUAUGAACAUUGCUUCGGAAGCCACGGUACGGAUAUGUGAACCUAUCAAGGUAGCGAUGUGCAAGAAUAUUGGUUAUAAUCAAACCGGGAUGCCCAAUCUGGCGAGGCAUACCUUGCAAGCUGACGCCGAUGUCACCCUUCAGACUUUCAGCCCUCUGGUUCAGUAUGGGUGUUCGUCUCAGUUACAUUUAUUUUUAUGCGCGGUUUACGUCCCAAUGUGUACAGAUAAGGUCGCUUUACCGAUUGGACCAUGUAGAGGGUUGUGCGAGAGUGUUUACGAAAGAUGUUAUCCUGUGCUCAGAGGAUUCGGUUUCCCAUGGCCCGCUGAGCUAGAUUGUUCCCUCUUUCCUGUUGAAAACAACCACGAGCACAUGUGCAUGGAAGGUCCUGGCGAAAGAACUGUUUCUGGAACGAUACCGCUGGAUACCUCGAGCGCUAACAGUAGAAGUGCUUGUAGAAGGCUCAUUAAGCCAAAUAGUUGGAUUUGGUUAAGGGGAUCGAGCCGUUGUGCGCAGUAUUGCGAUGCGGAAGUUUUAUGGGAGGCUGGGGAGAGCAAAGCUGCGGAAGUCUGGCUAGCUACAUGGGCAGCGUUAAGUUUUGUUUGUACGUUGGCUGCGGUAGUGGCUCAAUUGGCUUGCGGAGAUCGGGGAGGUGCUGGUGAACGAGCCUUGGUUCUAGUGGCUUUGUGCAGAUGCGCAGCAGCAGCGGGUUGGGGCGUCAGGGCAGCGGCGGGUCGCACGGCCGCGGGCUGUGCUAAAGAUUCCACAUCGCCAACAAGAAUGCUACUGGCACACGAUGGUCUGGCAAAUCCUAACUGCGCUGUCGUCUUUCUACUUCUUUACUACUUUGGAAUGGCAGCGUCUGUGUGGUGGGUCGUAGUAGCUGGCGCCUGGCGAGCGAGUGUCCUCCGACCUCCUACCACUCCUGCAUCAGCUCGCAAUGAUAGACACUCUUCAUUGCUGCAGCUGGCAGCAUGGGGCGUGCCUGCCGCGCUAACUGCAGCUGUAUUGGUCACUAGAGAUGUGGACGCUGAUGAAUUAACUGGUACGUGCUAUGUGGGAAAUCAGUCCAGCAAAUCUCUUCUCGCUCUCGUCAUUAUUCCCGAAGCUAUUUGUCUGCUCUUGGGAUCCGUAUUUUUGGCAUCAGGACUUCGAACAGUUCUUCGGCGGCCUACACCGACCCUAGCACCAGGGCCGCUUUUGAAUGGUCCUCCGCAAGCACACACUGAUCAAAGCAUACUACGACUCGGUGCAUUUACUGCCUUAUAUGCUGUUCCUUCUGCUUGUAUACUAGCCACCUGGAUAUAUGAAUUUGCUUGGAGGGACGACUGGCUUGCAGCUCCUGUGCCAUCUACUGAACCGUCAACGCAACCACGACCAGCGUUUUGGGUGUUUUUGUUCCGAAUAUUUGCAACUCAAGUAUUAGGUGUUAUGGUGGCUGUGUGGAUUGCAACACCAAGACUAAAAGCGUUAUGGAGAAGAAUAAGCAGUCCAAGGAAACCCGCAUUAGCAAAGCCACCCGUCGGACCACCACCUACACCUCUAACGUUACACUGCUAUGCAGGUCAUCCACACACGCUAAACCGACAUCCACAUAAAUAUGCAACAUACAGACCUCCCCAACAACAAUCUUAUCGGAAACCACGACAUUACCACUACUCUGCUGGUGAAACUAUUCUAUGACACAUUAAUAAUUCUAAAUUUGAAACACUCUCUCAAAUAAUAUAUAUUCUGAUAAAGUUUUAUAAUAGUGAUUGUGCCAUCCGCGUAUAUUUCAAUGAUGUAAAUAUAUCAUUUAUAAUAAUAUUAUUCUGUUGAUUGAUGUGAAGAUAAUUUGUGUCAAUUAUAAUUAAGCAAGAAAUAUUCUAAUAGACUGUAACAUAAUUAUUUUUUUAUAAAUCCCAGAGAUUCUUGCCACUUUGUAACUUAAAGACUGGAGGAAGAAGAAGUAAAUUAGAAAAUAAAAUAAAUUUACCUCGCAAGAUGCAUAUCUUUUAUGAAAGCUUAUAAUAUGUGCAGUGCAUAAAAUGUGAAUAUAACUGUAAUAAUGUAUGCUUAAGAACUGAUUUUCUAUACAUAGUUAAGUAAGUAUAAUUUUGUACUUAAUUUUAGAUUGUAAUAAUUACAAAUUAGGUAUUUAGGUGAUUAAUAAAUUAAUUCUGUACAGUCUUAGAAAGAAAAGGUGUAAUAAGUUAUUUAACCCACCUUUAUAUAGGUUCUGUAUUGUAUUUUGUAAUAUAUCAUAUAUUUUUGAAGGUACCCUAAUGAAAAUUGUAA